AUGAAGGUUACCAUAAAGAAUAUUGAGAGAGAACUCAUUUGCCCAGCAUGCAAGGAAUUAUUUACCCAUCCGCUGAUCCUUCCUUGUCAGCACAGUAUUUGUCACAAAUGUGUGAAAGAAAUUCUCUUCACCCUCGAAGACUCUUUCACCGAUGCAGGCUCCGAAUCCUCUAAUCAGAGCAGCCCUCGAAUUCGAAUGCAUUCUCCAAGCAUGGACAGAAUCGAUAGGAUUAGUAGAGCAGGCAGAAAACGCAAUUCCCUGACUUCUAGAACAACUAUGUUUCCUUGUCCUGGCUGUCGACAUGAUAUUGAUCUGGGAGAACGUGGCAUCAGUGGCUUAUUUCGAAACCUUACUUUGGAAACCAUUGUGGAAAGAUACAGGCAGGCAGCCAGGGCAGCCACAGCCAUUAUGUGCGAUUUCUGCAAACCUCCGGCUCAAGAGUCCACCAAGAGCUGCAUGGACUGCAGUGCAAGCUAUUGCAAUGAAUGUUUCAAAGUGUACCACCCCUGGGGAACUGUAAAAGCCCAGCAUGAGUAUGUGGGACCAACCACCAACUUCAGACCCAAGAUUUUGAUGUGUCCAGAACAUGAAAUGGAGAGAGUAAACAUGUACUGUGAAAUCUGCAGAAGGCCCGUUUGUCAUCUUUGUAAACUAGGUGGAUCUCAUGCAAACCACAGAGUAACAACUAUGAGCACUGCCUACAAAACUCUUAAGGAGAAGCUUUCAAAAGAUAUAGAAUACCUCAUCAGUAAGGAGAGCCAGGUAAAAAGUCAAAUCUCGCAGCUGGGCCUCCUGAUUAAGGAAACAGAGUGCAAUGGUGAGAGAGCUAAAGAAGAAGCAUCUCAAAAUUUUGACAAACUGUUUGAUGUUCUACAAGAGAAGCGAUCAGUAGCUCUCAGGGCAAUUGAAGCAUCUAAGAAUUUAAGGCUGGAGAAACUACAAACCCAAAUAGAGGAAUAUCAGGGUCUCCUAGAAAAUAACGGCCUUGUAGGAUACGCUCAAGAAGUGCUCAAAGAAACUGAUCAGUCUUGUUUUGUCCAAACAGCAAGACAGCUCCAUGUCAGGAUUCAAAAAGCUACCGAAUCUCUGAGAAGCUUCAGGCCAGCAGCUGAAACUUCUUUUCAAGACUUUGUAAUGGAUGUAGCAAGGCAAGAAGAGGUCCUUGGUGACUUGUCUUUCUAUUCCAAUGGUCUAGAUGUGCCAGAAAUCAAUGAAGAAAAGAGCAAAAUAUACAACAAGGCUGUGAUCAGUUGGGAAAAUCCUGGAAAAGCAGAUUCAGCUGAUAUCUAUGUCCUUGAGUAUAGGAAGCUUAAUAAAGAUGAGGAGAGUGCAACGUGGCAAGAGAUCGAAGUUUGCAGCAAGAGCAAAGUAAUAUCUGAUUUUGAUAACAACAGUAGCUAUGCCUUUAGAGUCCGAGGAUACAAAGGGUCCAUCUGCAGUCCUUGGAGCAGAGAAGUUAUCUUGCAUACACCUCCAGCUCCAGUUUUUAGUUUUCUUUUUGAUGCCAAAUGUGGGUACAACAGCGAACAUCUCCUCCUGAAUCCAAGAAGAAGUUCUGUGGAAAGCAGGGCUGGAUUUCCCCUUCUGCUAGGAGCUGAACGCAUACAGGUUGGAUGUUACACGACCUUGGAUUACAUCAUUGGUGACACUGGGAUUACCAAAGGGAAGCAUUUCUGGGCUUUUCGUGUGGACGCCCACUCAUACCUUGUCAAAGUGGGAGUUGCCUCUAGCGCCAAGAUACAGGAAUGGCUUCAUAGUCCCCGUGAUGUGACCAGUCCAAGAUAUGAACAAGACAGUGGUCAUGACAGUGGGAGUGAAGAUACCUGUUUUGAAUCAUCACAGCCUUUUACACUCGUCACUUUAGGCAUGAGAAGCUUCUUUAUCCCCAAGGCACCUGCUGCCCCCAAAGAUUCAGCAAGCAGAAUUCUUCCCAUGCCAUCGUGCAUAGGGGUCUGCCUUGACUAUGACAAAGGCAAGGUUGGAUUCUAUGAUGCAGAUCAUAUGGAAUGCCUUUAGGAGCACCAGGUGGACUGCUCUGAUAUAAUGUGUCCAGCUUUUGCUUUAAUGGGUGGCUCAGGAAUUCAUCUUGAGGAAGCCAUCAUAGCAAACUGCUUGGAGUUGGAAGAUGACAUAUAAUACGGUGAUUUCUUCCCAUUGCUGUUUUGAGAUGGAAAAUGAGAACAGAGGCGUACUGCCUGAGCGUUCAGUCCUAAUUAAUUACAUCAUAUUUAAGUGCUGCACACAAGCCUUUGGGUCAUGUUUUUUUAAGCAAACGGCCCAGCUGCUUCUACAAAUGGGGAACGUUCUUCCUUCUAUUACUCUCUUGCCUUUCUUGUGAUCUGUGCGAUGCUCUUCUCCACAGACUUUCUUCCAAAGGGGAGGCGGUUGGGAAGAAAUUUGACUAGCAACCAAAAUUACUCCUCGGGGUGGAAAUCUGCCUUUUAAGUAAUUCAAAUCCUUACACAGUUAGUUUUGCAUUAACGGAGUUGAGGUUGCCAGUGUGUGACUGCCAUUAUAAUUUAAGAAAUCUGCCUGAGUGCAUUUGAGUGGUCAGAUGCUU